GAUUAACGAAACUCGAAAUUUAACAUUACGUCAGUCACCAAUCAACAUCGCCAGCGUGGAUAACGUCAAUAUUAAAAUAUUAGAUGUAAAAAGAUUAAACUAGUAAUUAAAUGACGUUUUAGAUUAUAGUAAAGCUUGCGUUCAUGAUUCAACGUAUUUGCGCCAUGAAAAUGGAUUCGAUGAGAGUGCAGACUUCUAGAAGAUUUAUUACACUUUUUGUUUUUGUGCUUACCUAUACCUUUGCUGUCACAGAACAAACUAAAUAUGAUGUAGGAAAUAGCCCUUUAACGCAAAACAUUAAGCGAGGAGACAUAGUUUUAUUACAAAAUGACAGAGUCCGACGAGACACUGCUAUGACGAGUACCACAACCAGCAAUAGCAGUAACUUGAGCUCAUUAACACCUAAUGAUAGCACAACUAUCUCUACAUCACUACCCACACCUACUGCAGCACCUGAAAAUGGCACUCAUGAUUCAAACAAAACAGCAUUAAUUGUGAAUGCCAAUCACACGUCACUCUUAGGUUUCAAUGGAACCGGAAUAUUACAUGUUACAAUUCCUAGUAAUACACCUACUGUGAGCGAGCCUAUCACACCAGGUGAUGAUACAGCUGACGUUUUCAAAGACACACUUGAAACUAUCAAAGCCAAAAACAAUUUAACCGAUAUACAAUUGGAUCACCACGUAUUCUACAAUAGUACAUUUUUGGGUAACACUGAAUUUUUCAACGAAUACUGGUCUAAUAUCACAAAACAAAAGGCGGAUGUACACGAAGUUCUUAGUAAUUCACACCGACGCGCUACUACUAUCAAUUUGAGUUUUGACUUCAUGUUCUACGGUAAUCCUGUGAAGAAUAUUACCGUUGCAACUGGCGGUUUUAUAUUCAUAGGUGACCACGUACAUAAUUGGUUAGCUGCGACACAAUAUAUAGCACCAUUGAUGGCCAAUUUUGACACAACACUUGGAAAUGACAGUGUGGUAAAACAAUACGACGAUGGAGAGAAAUUUGUUGUGUUUUGGGAAAAUGUGACAUUGCAAGAAAACUCCAGUGAUCCCUUCACAUUCGCCGUUGUCCUGUAUAAAAGUGGAGAUAUUGCAUUUGUAUACAAAGACGUCCCAUUCCCCAUACAAAAUAUUAGUGACAAGGAGCAUCCAGUCAAAGUAGGCAUAAGUGAUGCCUAUCUCACCGGCCAAACGUACUUACAUGUGAAACACAAGACUAUCUAUGAGUACCAUCGUAUAUCGUUCAAAAACUACGAAAUAUCUAACCACACUAUAUUAAUGCUGAUCGCUUUACCAACUUGUCUUGUCUAUGACACGUGUGAAGAUUGCGCCAAUCAUGAAACACACUUUAACUGCUCAUGGUGCCCCAACAUUAAUAAGUGUUCAAGUGGAAUAGACAAAAUUAAACAUGACUGGGCUAUGCAUCAUUGUGAAGCUGUCGCGAUCAAAGAUGAAAAAACUUGUCCAGCGCGUGUCAGUCACACAUCUGAUACCAAGAAUACAAUCUACACGACUGAUAAUCGUUCGGAUGAACAACAAGAAGCACGCAAAUUGCACACUGAAGGUACACCAGAUGUUCCGGUUCCGAAGCAACACUCUACAAUCGGUGGUGUAGUGGUCUCAUUGGUCAUUGUCAUUUCGCUGUGCAGUUUUGCUGGAUGGGUUCUCUACGCUUUCAAAAAUCCACACACACGAAGCGGUCAAAUACUUAUCAGGUAUCGGCCAUCGCAAUGGAGCUGGCGUCGUGGUGAGGCAAGAUACACGGCGGCAACUAUACACAUGUAAAAAUAAUGUUAUAUUUUUAUAAGUGGCCCAAUUGGGCUUCCGUAGACAAGACACUUUUAGCAUAAAAAUAUUCAUUGUACUUAACUUUUAGGUUAUCUUGUAACUUUUGUAAGCAGCAGUUCUCGAACAAAUGUAUUUUAACAUAGGGAAUCUCGAAUAUUUCUAAAAUAUUAUUUAUAUCAUAGUCAUUUGUUUUCUUUAAAUAAAUAAAAAAUAUGACUUCCAAUGUCUGUUUUCCAUAAUAUAAAUUAAUGCUAAAAGUAUCCUGUGUGCGAAUUUUAAUGUGAAUUAUAUAUUAUAGGUGUUCAAAUAUUGACCAAUUGAUAAUUGACAUUGUCGAAGAAUUUAAAAUUACAGAACAAUUUUCAUAAUUACAUUUUUCUAAAAUCCGUCCUUUAUAAAUCUGUCAUACUCAUGUUUAAUUGUUAAGUCGUAAAUUAUGUCAAAAAUUGUUAAACCUUAUUAGAAUAAACAUACAAGGAUGUUAAAUGCUUUUAAAAUAUUGUUUAACUAAGUGAUAUUAAAAUUGCCUCGGCAAUACCUUCAUAAAAUUUUUAAAUAUUAUUCUAAAUUUUUUACUAAAAAUGAGGAUCAAAAAAUAUUUUUAGUAUUCUAUAAAACUAUUGUGUAUUAUCUAGACUAUUAUGAAAUAAGACUUAAGAAAUUUACAUACGAAAUUAAAAUAUUAUUAAAGGCAAUGUCAAUUACCAUGCUUACACUAAUUACCGAUACCGAUACCUUAAUCGAACUUAUUAUCAUUAUAUCUGACGAAUUAUUAAACGAGUAUUUGAAAAAAAAUUGUAAUAUUAGUGUAGUUAUGUAGGGUCGGUAAUUAUACAUUUAAUGUAGAUUAGACUAAUACUUAUGGCAACUUGAUAUUACUUAAUUUAUCUAUCACCGAGCACUUUAUAACAUUCCUUCUUGCAGUUAAACCAAAUCAAAGGUAUUAAAAUUAAUUUUACAAUCGUUGUAUUUACAACAACACAUGAGCUACUUUAUAUACCUGAUUCCGAAUUCCAUUUCCUGGCAAUGGCACAAAGUGCCGAUUGCAACAAUAAUUAGGUCAUCGACGACGGCAAAUUUGUGCACAAUACGAAAGCUUAAUAAUGAUGCUAAAUUUACGGGUUAUUUCGUGGCUCUGUGAUGUCUUUGUAACUUUUUAAUUUAUUUGUGUGUCAUGUCAUAUUUAAUACGGAAAUCAACGCAGACUAAUGGUGUUGCAUGUAUUAUUUUAGCAUAUAAUUUAAACUCAGAAAAAUUUCGCUGUCACGGCAAGCACGUUUGUUAUAAUUCUUCAUAGUUAUUUUCGUAGAGAUAGUGUUGCCAAAGUUAGUUUGAUAUUGGUAUAUUAAUAGUUUUUAUUCGUUUCUGUGGUCGAUCGAAUUAAACAAAUUAUUAUAAAUAUUGUUUAUACUAUAAAAAAACGUAUAAGAGUACGUGUUUUUUUACGUUAUAAAAUUACUAAAUCAUAAAAAUUUAAUUUGUUUGUUAUAAGUCUGCAGUUAUUAAAGGUAUUCUAAUAUAUUACAUCCACGAUUUUUUUCUAAAUUUUACAAAUUUUAGUACGAUUAUUGUUAUUAUAUUUGUUUGUAUAACUUUGGUAACAGUAUGGUAAGUGCCUUAUUUUAUACCAUGUAGCUUAAAAUAUACUUAAUCUUAUCUAAAACUAUAAUCAAAUAUUAUUUUAACUACUAGGUAUUUACUUAAAUUUUAUAGAUUUUUUAGUAGGUAAUUAUUGAUUUGAGCCAUAUACUAUAUGUGUUUCCACUUUUUUGAUAACGUUCGUAUUGAAAACUACUGUAUUAUACCUGAACUUAUUUUUCCUUAGAACGAGAAAUCAUUGGCCUAAAUAACUACUUUGAUAAAAUCAUAGACGUAUUGCAUAAUUAAUUAUAUACAGUUUUAAACUAACUUCCUUACGUGAGAUGUUGCUCAUGCAACAAUAUUUACCGUAGUUUUACAGUUAACAUAUGUUUGUGUGACGCCAUGGACUAACACACGUCAGUAUACUUCGAGCCAGCUUCCAGCAUCGAGCCAUUAGUAGAUAUUUUGUACUAUACUUAUUCUCGAGUUCCGUAAGACAGAUUGUCCAAAAGUUCCGUCCUAUAAAAGACUUCGUUAUACACUUUUACCUAUAUUACAAGACUUGAUAUAAAUAUAAAAUUCUAGUAUAAUCUUUUCGAAACAUGUAUUCUGCUUUUCUUGUAAUCGACGAAGGCAUCUUCAUCUUACAAGUUCAAAAUAUUUUUACUUAAAGCGCAAACAUUACUUCUAGUGACCUUCCGACAAGUGUUUGCCAAAAUGAGCUUUAUAAUUGUCCUUGUGUUGACGGCAUUCCAUUAAUGAAUGGCUAACGAUACAACAGUUGCCUUGUGUCAUCCCUGCGAUAUCGAAUAAAACUGACUUUAUCUUAACUAAGAUAUUAAUUUUACAUUGUACUGUUUAUGUGUAGAACAUGUUAGGUUUAAAAAUAGUCUUAUGGAACUCAUAAUAUCAAUAACAUUAAAAUCUAUGUUAAAUUGUUCAUGUAUUAAUUAUUAUUGUCCUUUUUCUGAAGCGUAUUCUUAGAUUGUUUUGAUGUCGAGGUGAUAUUAUGUGUAAAAUAUAUUCAUUAUGUUA